CGGCACCUGCCGCAUCUACUUCUGGAUCAUCCUUUCUAAUUACAUAUUGUUUCUCUGGCUGCUCAACUUCCCAACAUCAUUAAUUCAAUACGACCUGCUCCUGCUUACCUUUGUCGCUCUCUAACUUGCCUCUUUAGGUCCUACCCACUCGGCCUCAACAAACACUCUGUGAUCAAUUUUGGUCUCAUUCACCUAGCUCCACUGUUCUUCCCAUCCUAACAUUAUCAACCUGCCUGCUCGCACUCAACCCACUGCCCUCAAUUACAGAGAAACAAUUUACUUGUUCACAUUCGCUCAUUCCGGCCCUCUUUCAUGGUCAAAUCAUGAUCAAGACCUCAUUAAUCUAACAACGAACACAGUAACCCAGCUUCGCCUUGUGAGCAGCUUCGGCUAGCUACAAUGGCCGAGCUGCUUGAGAAGAUCAACACCCUCCGAGAGCUACCCGAAGAGCAGCACCUGCUAUGCCCGCGCCACGGCGAGGACGGGGGAAUCUAUUUCGACGAAGAUCUCGCAAACUCAGGCUACACCGAGGAGGACAGCGCGGCUACAUUGGAGCGCAGGAAGAGAAUAGAGGAAGCACAGGAGCGAAAAUGGCUUACCUUGGAUGCGCUACAGAUAUUGGCCUUUGAUGGAGCAGAGGCUGAGCCGCACAAAGAAUGGGUAGUGCAGCGUCUGAACAACCUCAUGACAUCAUGCGAUGUCUGUGUUCGUGUCUUCCACCAGUCAAGAGCAGAGUGGAAAGCACGGCUACAAGAGGUCUAUGAUGAAGAGAACAUUGGAGACUUCCUACGUCUGGUGGACGACAUAUGUAUCGAUCGUAUACGGAGCGGCCUCGACACAGCGAACGCGGUUCUUCUGAAGGCCGAGCCGAAGCAGCGGGGCGUUCGCAUUCUACCCAACGAAGCAAUCUAUGCCUUCUUCGAGGCCCUGAGCUGCGACGCCUUCAUUCGGAACGAGGAGCUUCUGCGACGGCACUUCGAUACACCAUUUCAGCUUGUCCAGACAAGAAAACGCCUAAAACUCCAAACAUUCCUACCCGCAAUGACCCGGUUUUUGUUCUCCGAGGUGGAAGUUCGUCAAACAUGGGCCCAUCUGUCUUGGACAGGCUUCAAGCGGAACAUGCUCCCGUCGGAGUUUGAGUGGGCGGUGCGGGAUCAUCUGGUAGAUGCAAUGUUGCGGGUCCAGCGUGACUAUAUUCAGCGCGAGAAUGAGCAACAUUUGAACUGGGUAACGACCUUCUGGAAUGGGGCGCGGUUGAUCGUAGACAAGAUGGAUAAAGAAGUGAUCACUGAUUCCCUUCGCGGCUUGGAUGGGGAUUUCUAUAAACUCCUGAUCGACCAUCUCCCUCUUCAGUCGGGCGGCUUCAUCGACCUGGUCGCCACCAUGGCUGCUUUGUUGGAGAAAUCGCCGACCAGCUUCUGGGAUGCUAUGGAUGCAACUAGAGCUACCCCCGCAACUAUCGCGGAGCAGGUUCUCAACAACCCCACACUUCAUAAAAUUCUUCGCGUCGUGAGUAAGGAUAAUGAGGAGCAGAUGAACAAUAUGGGUAAUGCAUUCAUCUGGAUUCCACCCUACUUAUCUUCGAUCAAGCCUGCAAAUCUUACUCCUGCAUGCAGGGCCUUUGCGGUCAUGUUCUUUGAUCGUCUGCAGUUCGAUGCUUUCUCGAGAGCUGCCAGAGCGCACUGUUUUCUCCAGGGCCUGCGUGUGCUCGAUUAUUCCUUCCGAAGAAUGAAUGAAGGGAAGACUAUAUCAAGUUUUGUAGGCCAACCUACAGUUAAUGGCAUGCUAGAAAUGCUGUCAGCUCAUAUACACAUCAUCGUGGCAAGCCUGAAGCGAUUCGAUCCUGAAGCCGAUAAAGAGGACUUGCGCCUAGCGCUCUCGACUAUACAGCAAGCCUUUACCCUCGAGUCUCAAUCUUUGGCAGUUGAGCGACAAUUGAUAACUGCAAAACAGCCCUCACCAACUGAAUCUCCCCCUUCAAGCCCUAUCUGGAAGGCGGUGCUUGGAGCUAUCGACUCCGCCCAUAUCGAUCUAGCAGUGCAACUGCUCAUCGCCGGCAGGAAUCUAAUAGGAUUAGAACCUCUAUCGAUGAAAAGUGGCCAUGAUCGAAUUCCGCCUACCGUCCGUCAUUUCAACGAUAGGUUCAAGCUUCUAUCGCAGUCCAUCACCGAUGUUGUCGAACGGCUGACUGAAUUCGACGCGAAGAAGCUUGAAACCCUUUUUGAGCAACCUGCCGCGACUAAUGCUUUAAUAUCUUUACUAUUCUCCUCCACUGAAGACACUCGGAAUUCGUCGAUCGAAUUGAUCAAAGUCAUUGCAGGCCAGGAAGAACGACGAGAAGCACUCCAGCAUAUACUGCAAUCCUACUACAAGAACGUAUUGCAAGGAGUGGCGGACUCAUGCCGGCAAGUCAUGAGAAAGAGAACCUUUGCGCCGGCACCAAGCUUAAUCAAGACCUGUUCAGACAUCAUCGACGUCAUGUGCAACUCUCAGGAUGGCUUAUUGCGAUCGCGGAAUCUAAGUCCAGAGGAAGUAGAAGUAAGCACCACCCUCUGGAAAAGCCAAUGGGAUACUUUGAACAUGAUAUUCAAAACCACCGAAGACUGGAGUGCUCUGGGUUACGACAAAACUAUGAUGAUGGAUUUCUGCCGAGACACCAUGCAAUAUGCGGACCAGUUAUUUGAUUAUUGUAGCAUCUUCGUGACUGCUUUAGGUGCAAACUCAACGAACUCUGAGUCCACCUCGAGUAGAACACGACUUCAGCGGGAUUUACUAGACCUUCCAGCUAAGGCUAUGGAGGGUGUUUGCAAGUGGCUCCGAUUGCGGGACGAAUUUUUGUCUAGUAAAUCGUGCUCGCUCGUCGGCAAACUGCUUGUGCGCCUGCGCAAUGUAGAUGUAGAGGUUGACCCUGAUACGCUAACGUACAUUGAAGGCGUGCUCUCAGGAGAAGUCCGGGCGAAAUUGAGCAUGCAACAAAUUGCGAAAUUGCAACGUGAUCUGGAGACCCAUCUAGGCCAUUCCGUUGCAAAGGUAGAAGAACCCAAGCAGCCGAAACAGGGGUCUAUUGACACCUGGAUGAGAGAUGGAUCUGCAGCAUUAUCAGGCAAGGCAAUGGAUCGUAAGCUACUAGCUGAUGUUACCAAGACCCAUAAGGAAUUCCAAGCAACAAGAGAAGCGCGCGCUGCGAAAGAAAAGGAGGCAGCGGCUGCCAAGCGAGCCGAAGAGAAGAAGGCCGCGCAGCAGUCCGAAUUCAUGAAGAAGCGCCAGCUCGAUAAAGAGAAAAUCCAAAGAGAGCGCGCGGCUGCAGCUGCUAGAGCUAAGCAGCAGAGAGGCUUGUCAGAACACACUGCUGAAGCAGGUUCUGGCCUCGAGGGCCUUGGUGUAUUGGGUAAAGACCAAGCUCCCAAAGGCGAGGGACUCAUGCAUUCCUCAGACGAAUCCGAUGAUGAGGGCGAUAUCGAUGAAGAACUCUUUGGCACCAAGGUCAUCAAGAAAGCUUCUGGGCCGAAAACCAACAUCAUCAACGAGGUCAAGGUACAGGGACCUGUCAAGAAAAGAAGGGUGCAACGUUCAGCAAAGGAUAUGCGUGCACGACUUGCACCCGACUUAUCAUCCUUGCAUCGGGAGAUCCUUAGUUGGAAUUACUUCCAUGAAGGAGACUUUCCACCAAACUCUCGACCGGACAUAUAUAGCGCCGUGCCCAAGUCUUUCCGAACGCCAAAUGAUUAUCAAAAGACUUUCCAGCCUUUGGUCAUUCUAGAGGCAUGGCAAGGGUUCGUGAAGUCCAGAGAAGAGAACACCGUCAAACCUUAUGAAAUUCGCAUUGUCUCCAGAGCCAGUGUAGACAUGUUUCAGGAGGUGAGUAGCACCAUGACUCAUGCAGAGAAUCGCGAAAUCCAGGUCUCGGAAGGAGACAUCGUCCUCCUUUCGGAGACCGGUAGCCCCUCUGCUCGCGAGCGCCACUGUCUUGCUCGAGUCUUUCGUGUUCUUCGUAAGCAGGGCCAUCUUGAAGUAUCCUACCGCGUCAUGCCUUCAAACUCAUUGACGCCGGUCUUGGUGCCCAAUGGAACUGUCUACGGAUCUAAGAUUCAGUCCAUCACUCCACUUGAACGUGAAUAUGGUGCACUUCUUGGUCUACAGUACUACGAUCUUUGCGACGAAAUCAUACGCGCAAAGCCAUCUCCGAUCCUUACCUACAAGGAAGCCCAGCUCGAUCCCCUGAUAGAGGUCUACAAUGUCAACAAGGCUCAAGCCAAGGCCGUAAAGUCAGCAAUUGACAACGAUGCCUUCACGUUGAUCCAAGGCCCCCCUGGUUCAGGCAAGACUAAAACCAUUGUCGCAAUUGUCGGGGCCAUUUUGUCAGAUACCUUGCGUGCUGCGCAAGGUACGCGUAUCGAUGUCCCGAAUAAAGGAAUUCGAAUAGACACCACCGCUGCAAAGAAAUUGCUGGUCUGCGCUCCUAGUAAUGCUGCAGUGGACGAGUUGGUGAUGCGUUUCAAGGAUGGAGUAAAAACCCUAAGUGGCCAAGAGCGCAAGCUCAAUAUCGUCCGUAUUGGGCGAACUGAUGCCGUCAAUUCCAACGUCCAGGAUGUCACUCUUGAAGUACUGGUGAACAAGAAACUUGGUGUGAACGAUUCGAAAGACAAGGACGCGGAAGCCACACGAAAACUUUUCCAGGAGCACAAAGAUGUCUCUGAGCAACUUCGACGCGUGAGAGACGAGCUAGAUUCAGGUGCUAAGCAAGGCGCAGAGGCGUCCAAGCUACAGGACGACCUCAAUGCUCUACGUAAACGCAAACAAGCACUUGGAACGAAGAUUGAUACCACAAAAGACAAUGAGCGACUCGCAAGCCGCAAUGCAGAGCUGAAUCGCAGACGUGCACAGGAGCAAAUCCUCGGCGAAGCGCAUGUUAUCUGCGCCACGUUGAGUGGUAGUGGGCAUGACAUGUUCCAAGGGAUGAAUGUAGAAUUCGAGACAGUCAUCGUCGAUGAGGCAGCCCAGUGCGUGGAAAUGAGCGCCAUCAUUCCCCUGAAAUACGGUUGCGCCAAGUGCAUACUAGUCGGAGAUCCGAAGCAGUUGCCCCCUACUGUUUUCUCCAAAGAAGCUGCACGGUUCCAAUAUGAGCAGAGUCUGUUCGUUCGAAUGCAGGGUAAUCAUCCUAAAGAUGUGCAUCUUCUAGACACGCAGUAUCGUAUGCAUCCCGAGAUCAGUCUCUUUCCAAGCCAGACAUUCUACGACGGGAGACUACUUGAUGGAGGCAACAUGGCUGCUUUGCGUAAGCGACCGUGGCAUGCAAGUGCUCUUCUGGGUCCAUAUCGUUUCUACGACGUACAAGGACAGCAUCAAGCUGCACCCAAGGGUCAUUCGCUCAUCAAUAUUGCUGAGAUCAAUGUUGCAUUGCUCUUAUAUAAACGUGUGGUCACAGACUUCCCUAACUUCAGUUUUAAAGGAAAGGUGGGCAUCAUCACACCUUACAAAAGCCAGUUACGGGAACUCAAGGUUCGUUUCACGAAUCAAUACGGCCCAUCGAUCGUAGAGGAUGUGGAGUUCAACACCACCGAUGCCUUCCAGGGACGAGAAAGUGAGAUUAUUAUCUUCUCAUGUGUGCGAGCUUCGCCUGCCGGUGGCAUUGGGUUCUUGCAAGAUAUACGCCGUAUGAACGUCGGACUGACGAGAGCUAAAUCGUCGCUCUGGGUUCUUGGAAACUCGGGCUCACUUAUGAGGGGCGAAUUCUGGAAGAAACUAGUCGAAGAUGCACAACGAAGGAAUCGCUUCACCGAUGGUAAUCUUCAAACGAUGUUGAGCAAACAUUCAAGCAAAUAUCCGGCACCCAAGGAGGAAACAUACGAGAUACCGGUUCAAGUCAAGGAAGAGCCACAGACCAUCCCAAUGCGUCGGUCUAAGAGUGGUGAUUCCGAGGCAUCAGCAGAAGCAGAGGCAAAGCGAAUCAAACAGGAGAUUAAGCAGGAAAUCAAGCAAGAGAUUAAGAGGGAACUGGAUGAAGACGACUUUGUCUUCCCUACGAAUGGAAAGCGCAAACUAAGCGAUAGCAUGGAUAUGGAUGUGGAUAUGAGGGAUAUAGAUUCCGAUUCUAUCUCCCACUCACUUUCUGCAAGCAACACGUCAACGCCAGCUGCAGCGUCGUCUUCGGCACGCAACAGCGCAACACCCAAUCCCGAGGGCGUGAAAGUAGAGCCUGGACAACCCAGGCCUGCUAAUACCUUCAGUGCCGUCCCGAAACCUAAGAUUAGGAGGCGACCGAAGGAACCAGUAGAUCCUUUCAUUCGACGUCAGCCGAUGAAAAAGUCAAGGCCUAACUAGUUUCUACAUCAGAUAGGGUCAGGACCGUGAAGUGGUGGAAUUCAAAAUAAAGAGGAGACCUAUAUUCUCCGUUUUGAUAUGUAACAUUGCGAUGGCGCCUGGAUGGUUGGUGUCAGCAUUUUCUGGAGUUUCGAUACUUUGAUAAGAUAGAGAUAGAGCAUAGCUUGCUAUUUUCGGUCCGGUAAGCGGAUCAAAUUGAAUGGAGUUUAGGUUUGGGGCGCCACUGAAUGCUCAUUGCAAGGGCAAAGCACAGUGGCUGCGAUCCAAGAG